AUGUCGCAACCCAAACUCGCAAUCUUAGACGACUACCAGAACAUCUCCCCUCCCCACUUCGCCCACCUCGAAUCCCGCGUCUCAAUCUCCUACUUCCCGGAAACCCUCGACCCCCGCGAUGAACGCCAACGCGCGCUCCUGAUCGAGCGCCUCCAGCCCUUUGAUGUGAUUCUCGCUAUGCGCGAACGCACCCCGUUCUCCAAGGAAACGCUCUCCGCGCUUCCGAACUUGAAACUUCUCCUGACCACGGGCACUCGCAAUCUCGCCCUGGACGUGCAAUACUGUGCUUCGCGCGGAAUUCCCGUCGCUGGAACGUCGAGCCGAUCAGGGGGGGUCCAUUCUACGGUGCAACAUACAUGGGCUCUGAUCCUGGGGUCGGCGCGACAUAUUGCGCGGGAUGAUGCGGCUGUUAAGCGGGGAGAAUGGCAGGGGUCGCUUGGAAUGACGCUUGCGGGGAAGACAUUGGGAUUACUGGGACUGGGCAAGUUAGGUUCGCAGGUUGGGCGGAUAGCGGUUCUGGCUUUUGAUAUGAAGGUGAUUGCGUGGUCUACGAAUCUGACGCAGGAGAAGGCGGACGAACAGGCUGCGGCACAGGGGUUGCCGGCGGGUAGUUUUCAAGCUGUUCCGGACAAGGCUGAGUUUUUCCGCAGCGCGGAUAUAGUGAGUCUUCAUAGUGUACUGUCGGAGCGGAGUCGGGGCAUCGUCGGUGCUGCGGAAUUUGAGGUUAUGAAGCCGACGGCGAUCCUGGUGAAUACGUCGCGGGGUCCGUUGGUGGAGGAGAAGGCACUGUUGAAGACGUUGAAUGCGGGACGCAUCCGUGGGGCGGCCCUAGAUGUUUUCGAUCCCGAGCCUCUGCCUAAGGAUAGCCCCUGGCGGACAACGGCAUGGGGUCAAGACGGACGGAGUGAGGUGGUGUUGUCACCGCAUACGGGAUAUGGCGAUGAACAGAUUCACGGGUGGUAUGAUGAGGUGGCUCAGAAUGUGGAGAGGUGGUUGAAUGGAGAGGAACUGAGCACGCGGAUGAAUUGA